UUUUUUUUUUUCUUUUCCCUGGUGGUGGUACCCAAGGUUUUUUUAAGAUCUCCUUUCUCCCUCCUUAUUUGGAUUUUGUGUUUCACAUGGACCCUUAUCUGGGCAUCUUCCUCCUCGCUCCCUUCUUCCAAUCCUGCUGUGCCUGGUCAGUGAAUAAUUUCCUGAUGACAGGCCCCAAGGCCUAUCUCAUCUACUCCAGCAGCGUGGCGGCGGGGGCACAGAGCGGCAUCGAGGAGUGCAAGUUCCAGUUUGCGUGGGACCGCUGGAACUGCCCUGAGCGGGCGCUGCAGCUCUCCAGCCACGGCGGGCUGCGCAGCGCCAACCGAGAAACUGCUUUCGUCCAUGCCAUCAGCUCUGCGGGUGUCAUGUACACGCUGACCCGGAACUGCAGCCUGGGGGAUUUUGACAACUGUGGCUGUGAUGACUCCCGCAAUGGACAGCUUGGGGGACAAGGCUGGCUGUGGGGAGGCUGCAGCGAUAACGUGGGCUUUGGGGAAGCCAUUUCCAAGCAGUUUGUGGAUGCUCUGGAGACUGGACAAGAUGCUAGAGCUGCUAUGAACCUGCACAACAACGAGGCUGGUAGAAAGGCCGUGAAAGGGACCAUGAAGCGGACAUGCAAAUGCCAUGGCGUGUCUGGGAGCUGCACCACCCAGACCUGCUGGCUGCAGCUGCCUGAGUUUCGGGAGGUGGGCACCUACCUCAAGGAGAGGUACCACAAGGCCCUGAAGGUGGACUUGCUGCAGGGGGCAGGGAACAGCGCUGCCAGCCGGGGGGCCAUCGCCGAGACCUUCAGCUCCAUCUCCAAGAAGGAGCUGGUCCACCUAGAAGAUUCUCCUGACUACUGCCUGGAGAACAAGACACUGGGGCUGCUGGGCACGGAAGGCAGGGAGUGCCUGAAGCGAGGCAAGGCACUCAGCAAGUGGGAGAAGCGGAGCUGCCGGCGGCUGUGUGGGGACUGCGGGCUGGCAGUGGAGGAGAGGCGGGCCGAGAUGGUGUCCAGCUGCAACUGCAAGUUCCACUGGUGCUGUGCUGUGCGGUGCGAGCAGUGCCGCAAAAGGGUCACCAAGUACUUCUGUGUCCGCAAGGAGAAGCGGGAGCGGAGUGGGGGUGGUGGGGCCAGCCACAAGCUCAAGAGGAAGCUCUAACUGCCCCCUGCUCCUCCAUGGUCCUGUUUGCUCAUCUUUUCCCCUUCC